CUAGUUUUCUUGCAGUGAUUUUCCAUUCACCAGUACCAGCCUCACAGAUGAAACUACAUACAUAACUCUAGCCGUGUUUAAGCCGUGCUGGGAUCCCCUCGAGACAGAAGCCUUCAUUAGACUUCUAAGCUCAAAGUAGAAGCCUAUUGUUCAUGCUCGCAUUAUUUCGUUAAAAACAACACGUGGUGCAUCUGAAGUAGCCUGUGAUGGGGGGUUGAUAUGUUCUGCUGGCCAGCCGAGGAGUUGCAUGAGUCUACGAGAAAGCGGGCUUUCAGUGAGAUAUCAGGUGAUCUUGGUAGGAGAAGGCUGACACUAUUUGAACAAGAAGUGUGUUCUGAAUUGCCUGGCAUUGUCAAGUGUCAUUAUCGGUAGCGGAGCUGGCAUAUCUGAGCAGAACCUGUGCGCAUGCUAACUUGCAGGCAGGCAUAACGCUGCAGAGUUGGCCGACCCAAAUAUCGCACUUCCAAACUAUAUGAAAGAUCGGUUGUCUUAAUUCUAUAUCAAGAUGGUUGUGCAGGUGGCAGAGUUAGCAUGGGGAGACUAUGUCACGAUUGCAGUCUACUUCGUUGUUGUUCUCAUUGUCGGCAUGUGGUCCACUUUCCGUCCGAACCGAGGAACGUCAGCUGGCUAUUUCUUGGCGGGGAAGGACAUGAGCUGGUUUCCGAUCGGAGCGUCGAUAUUUGCUAGCAAUGUAGGAGCACCAAUGUUUAUUGGUUUGGCCGGUACGGCAGCUGCCUCCGGCUUUGCUGUAGCGAUAUACGAGUGGCACGCUAUCUAUUUGCUGAUUGCACUGGGCUGGGUUUUUGUUCCCGUGUACGUGGCAUCUGGGUCCUUCACCAUGCCCGAGUAUUUGAAGAAACGGUUUGGUGGAAAACGGUUACGAAUUUAUCUCUCCUUUUUGGCCUUGGUUCUGUACGUUCUGACAAAGAUAUCGUCUGAGAUCUACUCGGGAGCGAUCUUCCUGCAGCAGAUUCUGGGAUGGAACAUCUAUCUGGCCGUGCUGUUAAUACUGGCUGUAACAGCAAUCUAUACAAUAGCAGGGGGAUUGGCCGCUGUCAUAUACACGGACACCUUACAGACCAUUAUAUUACUCAUCGGAUCCUUCAUCUUGAUGGUUAUAGGGUUUAUCCGUGUUGACGGCUGGGAAAACAUGUUAAGGCUCUUCAUGAAAUCGGCGGCGAACUACACCCUGGCUGACCCGGUCAAGUACAAAUGUGGUUUACCCCGUGAGGACUCUUUCCAUGUGUUCCGUGACCCCACCACCGGGGACAUACCCUGGCCCGGAGCCGUCUUUGGACUGACAAUUGUGGGCACUUGGGUGUGGUGCAAUGAUCAGGUCAUGGUACAGCGAUGUUUAUCAGGGAAGAAUUUAUCACACGCCAAGGGAGGGACAGUGCUGGCAGCAGGAUUGAAAAUCCUUCCGUUUUUUCUCUUCAUCAUCCCGGGCAUGAUCAGCAGAAUUCUCUUUCCUAACGAAGUGGCCUGUGCGAAACCGGAUGAGUGCCGGAAGUUCUGUGACAAUCCCGCUGGAUGCACAAACAUAGCUUACCCGUUGUUGGUUCUUCGAAUUAUGCCAUCAGGGCUGCGAGGUGUAAUGUUAGCCGCCUUAUUAGCCGCCCUUAUGAGCUCCCUCACAUCCAUAUUCAACAGUGCUAGUACUAUGCUUACGAUGGACUUGUGGCGUAGGUUCCGACCAAAGGCUAAGGAAAGGGAGCUCAUGAUAGUCGGAAGAUUGUGUGUCCUUGUUUUGGUGGGACUUAGUAUCUUGUGGAUACCCAUUUUACAAGCAUCUCAGGGGGGACAACUGUGGGCGUACCUGCAAGCUAUUUCCUCUUAUGUGGCUCCACCCUGGACCAUCGUUUUCCUUACAGCUGUGUUCUGGAAGAGGACAACAGAGGCAGGUGCGUUCUGGGGUCUGAUGGGUGGAUUAGCUAUAGGUGUAGCCCGUAUGGCCAUCGAUUUUGCCUAUCCCGCUCCACUUUGCGGUUCCGGGGAUGCAGACACUCGUCCGGACAUCCUCGCUAAGAUACAGUUCCUCCAUUUUGCAAUCAUCAUUUCCUUCCUGACUUUGGUUAUCAUCGUGGUGGUCAGCUUGCUCACAGAACCUCAGAGUCCGGAAAAGCUAAGACGGGUGACAUGGUGGACGAGAAAUGAUAAAAUUGACUAUGAAGAAGAGUCGGAUGAGAGUGAGAUAGAAGAAGAUGACCCAGAAGAACAGGCAUCGUCAAUUAAAAAGAAAAAGUCCGUAGGUAAAAUGAUGUACAACUGGCUGUGUGGGAUUACAGACGAAGCGAAGCCCAAACUAACCAAGGCACAAAAAGCUAUGAUCAGAGAAAAAAUGACGGAUAUUAAAGAAGAUCCUUUUUGGAGCAAAAUGUUAAACAUAUCGGCUGUCAUUGUGUCCGCCCUUACGGCUUUCCUUUUAGGGUUCUUUGGCUAGCCGUUUGGCUUCCGGCUUUUACGUUACGUUUCCUCAGCUGGUUAUCCGCCCUAGGCUUUCUUCGGCUACAGAUUUGCCUUAACGGAUUUGUUUUACGCUUGUUUGGCUUGUUGUUUGCUUUUGUGGGUUUCCUUUAGGUAUCCUUUGCAUUAAUAGUUGAAUUUUAAUAGUUUUGUUGAAGUUAAUGAAAUCCUUCAGUAUAGAUGUUCUGCAUAAAUAUUUCUCUUUGUAGAACAUGUGACGCAAUGAAGAUGCUUCACAUAAACAAAACAAAAUUGUACCGGUAUAGAUAUUUUAGGGGUUAUACGUGGUCAUUUCUCAAAACUUGUAAACCAACGACUGUGUAAUUUGUGAUAAAGUUCCUUUGUGAUUGUUUUAUUUUUCAUAAUAGAGUUACUUUGAUACUCUUUAGGUUUAUAAAAACAGAACUAUCACAUGACUAUUUCUGUCUCGGAUAAUUUAUAUUAAGAAUGCUGUUAAGUCUGUUUUUGCUCGUUAGAUUGUAGUAAAGUGUUUUUGGAAUCAAAAGUCAGUAGGUGAACUUAAACCGUUACAGAAAAGCACCUCUUCUAAAAUGGGAUCAAUAAGACUUGUUUUGUUGAAACAGUCAUCCAUUCGUAGGCAUAUAGAAUAAUACGUUUUGUUACUCGAGUCAUUUGUCAGCUAGUUGUUGUGAAUAUGGUGGCUGGUAUACAUGUACGUAUAUUUAGUGUUUUAAUGCUCACAACUAUUGUGCAUUGAACUGACGAACUUCGGUUUUAGUUCAAUGGAUCCUACUUGGCGGAAUACGUGAGUCAGGAGGUGGAUCAUGUUAUAUAGAAGUUAUGGCGCGUAACAAGCGUCAUUUUUUGUCGUCUUUUCAGCAACAUGAUAAUUUUUGUCAUUCCUGCGAGAUAACUAACUUUCACACCGUUGUCCAAAGUUGUAAAUGAUGUAUAAGAAUUCGCUCACUCUUGACUCAAGAUAAGCUAACGAUAAAUGUGGAUAGUUUCACUCAGGAAAAAACCCAACUGUGUUUUGCGAUGACCAACUGCUACAACUUAACGUACUGCACAGAAAAAGUAGCUUUUAGUGAACUUGUUCGUGACUUUUGUCGCCUCUGUUUAUAUACCUGCCUGGCUAUAUUUAGUUACCCCAAGAUGUACUUCUUUUUACCAUAUAAGUAUUUAUUCGUUACCAUAUUCGGGUUCUUUUAUUGAGUUAUGCGAUACUUAUGUCAGAUUCAGAUUUAAUAUCUCCAUACACAGUGUUCUGUAUAAAUUUGUACGAAUGCCAGUCGCUGGGCUUUCAUAGCGCCUAAAUGCAUAUAUUUGAGCUUAAAAGACUUUGAACAGGUAGACAUGUCUCAUGACCUAAAUAUUCCCUCGUGAUAUUCUUUUGGAUGCUCUACAUUGAUAUCUACAUGGGAAAUGUCUUUUCCCCAACCAGCUUGCUUCUAUGCUCAAAUCGACUUUGUGUGAAAAUCAGAUAAAUAUAUUCUUUUCUACAUGUUUGUUUA